AUGGGGGAAUCAAGACAAGAGCUACUGGCAUGGCUGAACAACCUCCUGCAGCUAAAUGUCACCAAAGUCGAGCAAUGCGGGACAGGCGCAGCUCUCUGUCAGAUUUAUGACAGUAUCUUCCAGGAUCUACCCAUGAGCAGAGUCAAAUUCAAUGUCAACACUGAAUAUGCCUAUCUACAAAAUUUCAAAAUCCUCCAAAAUGCCUUUACGAAGCACCAAAUCGAGCGCCCCGUUCCUGUCGAGUCCCUGGUCAAAUGCAAGAUGCAAGAUAACCUUGAGUUCCUUCAAUGGUCAAAGCGCUACUGGGAUCAGUACUAUCCAGGUGGCGACUACGAUGCUCUUGCCCGACGGAAAGGAGCUGGAGGCGCUCCCGCAGCUGCUGCCCCAACACCCGUCUCUUCUCGCACUUCUGGUGCUGGCGUCAGCGCCACCAGCGCUGCUCGACGUGGUACCACCCCAACAACAUCAACAACCUCAGCGGCGCGAGGAGCAAGACAGCCAACGGGAGGUGUAUCCGCGGCUGUAUCAGCGGAAAACACUCAGCUCAAGCAGACGGUCGAGGGGCUGGAGAGGGAACGGGACUUCUAUUUUAGUAAACUAAGGGAUAUCGAGUUGCUGUUACAGCAGGCUGUCGACCAGGAUCCUGAGAUUGAGAAGGCUGAGGAUGGAUUGGUCAAGCAUAUUCAGGCAAUUUUGUAUUCAACAGAAGAAGGAUUUGAGAUACCCGCAGAGGCAGAGGGCGGAGUGGUGGAUGAUCAGGAGACGUUCUAG